AAGGCGGGGUCUGAGCAGGACCUGUCGGGUCCGUGCUUAGUGGGCGGUAGGUGGUGGGGUUGCGACCCUUCCGUCUUACCGCCCACCCCUCGCCCGUGUCCUGCACCUGCAGACAGGAGAGGUUUAUGCACAGCGUUUAGGCAUCAUGCAGCCUUUAGGUUCUACUUUAACGGCAACUUAUGCCCACCCUAGACCAACACCAACCAACUUUCUUCCAGCCAUCAGCACCAUGACAUCAAGCUAUAAGGACCAAUUCCCUCACUACAAUUUGACGCAUAGCUUGAGCCUUCCUUGGAAACCAAGCACAUACUACAAAACAUUCUCCAACUUCCCGACCUUGGACCCUUACUGCACCAGAUCUCAGAGGGUGUCCGAGAGCACCAUGCGUCCCUUUGUUUCCAACAGAACCACUCUGUUCACCAGAUACACUCCUGAUGAUUGGUACAGGUCCAAUCUAACCAACUAUCAAGAGUCCGACACUUCUCGCUAUAACUCAGAGAGACUGAGAGUGGAUACAUCCCGCCUGAUUCAAGACAAGUAUCAACAAACAAGAAAAACCCAGGCAGAUUCCACCAAAAAUUUGGGAGAACGAGUCAAUGACAUAGGGUUUUGGAAGUCUGAAAUAAUUCAUGAGUUGGAUGAAAUGAUUGGAGAGACAAACGCACUCACUGAUAUUAAGCAAAAAUUAGAGAGGGCUUUGAUGGAGACUGAAGCACCUCUUCAGGUAGCCCGAGAAUGUCUAUUUCAUCGGGAAAAGAGAAUGGGAAUAGAUCUAGUUCAUGAUGAAGUUGAAACACAACUGCUGACGGAAGUUGAUAUUAUUCUGUGUUGUCAAGAAAGAAUGAAGCUCCAUUUGGAUAAGGCUAUUGCCCAACUUGCGGCUAACAGAGCUUCCCAGCACGAGCUGGAGAAGGAUCUGAGUGAUAAGCAGACGGCUCACCGGAUUGACGAUAAAUGCCACCACCUGCGCAACACUUCCGACGGCGUCAGCUACUUCCGCGGGGUGGAGAGGGUUGAUGCCACGGUCUCGGUGCCCGAGUCCUGGGCCAAAUUCACAGAUGACAAUAUUCUGCGCUCCCAGAGUGAACGGGCAGCCUCUGCCAAGCUAAGAGAUGACGUUCAAAACCUUUUGGUUGUGACUGCCAAUGAGAUGUGGAAUCAGUUCAACAGAGUGAACUUAGCAUUCACCAAUCGUAUUGCUGAGACUGCGGAUGCGAAGAAUAAGAUUCAGAUGCACUUAGCAAAGACCCUGCAGGAGAUAUUCCAGACUGAAAUGACCAUAGAAUCCAUCAAGAAGGCCAUCAAGGACAAGUCUGCCUUCCUGAAGGUGGCUCAGACCAGAUUGGAUGAGCGAACACGGAGACCCAACAUAGAGCUCUGCCGAGACAUGGCUCAGUUACGCCUUGUCAACGAGGUAUAUGAGGUCGAUGACACCAUCCAGACCCUGCAGCAGCGCCUGAGGGAUGCAGAGGAAACCCUGCAGUCUCUGGUUCACACCAAGGCCACCCUGGAGCAUGACCUGGCUGUCAAAGCCAAUUCCCUGUACAUUGACCAGGAAAAAUGCAUGAGCAUGCGCAAGAGCUUCCCUAACACCCCGCGGCUGGUUGGCUUCUGUUAGGGACCCUGCAGUGGGGGAGUUGAUACUCCUGGGUAAAGGGCGACCCAGAGCCCUGGGUCAGCAU